UGGGAAGAGUCCUGGGCUUCUCUCGUGCGGGAGGGGCGGGAGCUGAGAGCGGCGCGGUGUGCGCCUGCGCUGGGGUCCGGGACAGGGCGUGUUUACUCCUCCGGGCUCCCGGCUGAUCUGUGCGGGUACCCCGACGCUCCCGCCGUCCGCAACCAUGUCCAAGUCUCUGAAGAAGCUGGUGGAGGAGAGCCGGGAGAAGAACCAGCCCGAGGUGGACAUGUGUGACCGCGGCAUCUCCAACAUGCUGGACGUCCACGGCUUGUUUACUUUAUCCCACAUCACACAACUGGUUCUCAGCCACAACAAGCUAACAACUGUGCCUCCAAACGUAGCAGAACUGAAGAAUCUGGAAGUGCUGAACUUUUUCAAUAACCAAAUUGAAGAGCUGCCCACACAGAUCAGCAGCCUCCAGAAACUCAAACAUCUGAACCUUGGUAUGAACAGGCUAAAUACUUUGCCCCGAGGAUUUGGCUCUUUACCAGCCCUGGAGGUCCUUGACUUGACUUAUAACAACUUGAAUGAAAAUUCUCUUCCUGGAAACUUCUUCUACCUUACCACCCUGCGUGCACUUUAUCUAAGUGACAACGAUUUUGAAAUCCUGCCGCCAGAUAUUGGGAAGCUCACAAAGUUGCAGAUACUCAGCCUUAGGGAUAACGACCUGAUCUCACUGCCAAAAGAAAUUGGGGAACUUACACAGCUGAAGGAGCUGCACAUCCAGGGGAACCGCCUGACUGUCCUUCCCCCCGAGCUUGGAAACUUGGAUUUAACUGGUCAAAAGCAGGUCUUCAAAGCAGAGAAUAAUCCCUGGGUUACCCCAAUUGCUGACCAGUUCCAGCUCGGAGUGUCCCAUGUCUUUGAAUACAUCCGUUCUGAAACAUAUAAGUACCUCUAUGGCAGACACAUGCAGGCAAACCCAGAACCUCCAAAGAAGAAUAAUGACAAAUCAAAGAAGAUCAGCCGGAAACCCCUGACAGCCAAGAACAAAUAAGGAUUUAGUGUGGACUGAUGCUUUUUACUUUCUCUCUCUCUUCUCUCUCUGUCUCUCUCUCUCUCUCUCUCUCUCUCUCUCUCUCUCUCUCUCUCUCUCUCUCUCACACACACACACACACACACACACACACACACACAGUUUCUAGUUCUGUAACCUCUACCCCCAUUCCCUUGGCAUUUUAGUCCUUUGGGAAGAUGCUGGAUUUUUGCAGGUGCCUGUUUCUGUGUUGUUUUAUUAGAGGUGCCAAAUAAAGGAAACCAAGAUCUAUUUUGACUGCAAAUUCCAAAGAAGACUCUGCUUUUAAAUCCUGGAAUAAGAAUCAUGAAGUUCCAUAUUAUCAAGAAAAAUUAAAGCCGUGUAACCAUUUACUAUAGCUUAACACUGCUCAUUCUUCUAUUUAUGUGUAUGUUAACACGUGUAUAAUGGCUUUUAUUAAGUCAUACAUAUAUACCCCCCUUGUGCUUUCAUCAGUGUCCUUGUAACACCAAGAUAUUAUGUUCAUUUUACUUAUAGAUGAUUUUAAUAAAAUCUUUUAUUCGUAUCA